AUGGAUUCUACCUCUAAAAAUAAAAAACGGAAUGAAGAAGAUACAGCACCAACAGUAGUAGCAAAACCUAAUUUUGAAUUAUCAGGGAAACUUGCAGCGGAAACAAAUUCAUUUAAUGGUGUCGUAUUAAAAUAUUAUGAACCACCAGAAGCAAAAUUGCCAACAAAAAAAUGGAGACUUUAUGUUUUCAAAGGGGAUCAACAAAUAGAUGUUCUUCAUAUACAUCGACAAAGUGCAUAUUUAUUAGGCCGUGAAAGAAAGGUUGCUGACAUUCCAAUUGAUCACCCUUCAUGUUCUAGUCAACACGCAGCAUUACAAUUUCGUGAAGUACUAGUAAAAGAUAAAACAACAGGAGAAUCCAAAUAUGAAAUAAAACCUUAUAUAAUUGAUCUUGAAUCAACAAAUUCAACUUUUGUUAAUAAAAAACCUAUUCCACCUUCAAGAUAUGUCGAAUUGUUUCCUUCUGAUGUAUUGAAAUUUGGAUUUAGUAGUAGAGAUUACGUUUUGAUUCAUGAUGAAUAUGACGACAAUACUAUUUCAGGUAAAGAUUAA